CGGAGGAGCGUGGCGCCGUGUAGCGGACAAGCGAACAGCCGGACGACGAGGUCGCAACCGAGCUCAGCCGAGUCCGUCUCAGCCAGCAGACGCAUGCGAUUUUGUGGUGGCGGCAGUCUAGCACGAGCCGCCGCUCAGGAGACAUCUGUAGGGGACUUGCUUGUUUCAAGUGAAUGAACAAGAGAAGAUGCCUGGCCACCGUCAGCCUAAUUCCCUGGAGGGACUUAGUUUGGGACGUGUGUGUCAACGACUCGACAGGACGUGCCGAAUGCUGCAAGUGCUUUCACAAGAAUCAUCUGCUGCACAAGUGUUGGCAUACGCAAAGCAAACCAUCAGACCUUAUUACAUAAAUGCUUUAUCUACACGUUUGAGAUCACAAGUUAUUGAAGAAACUUCAAAAAUGUUAUAUGGACCUGCAUCUGAUGGAUCAACUUCAAUUUCUGGUCCAGCUCCACUAUACCUAUUAGCCCUUCUUCUUGGACAUGACAUAAAGCAGUUGAAAGUGAAUCUCUGUUGUUAUUAUGGAUGUAGCCAUCAGACAUCAUUAUUAAAGCUGCUUGCAUCAGAAGGAAUUGGACUUGAAUCUUUAGAAUUAGCUCGUUCUGCUUUAUUAAGAUUGGACUGCAAUUUGUUAAGAUGUGCUCUCUUAAAUAUGAAGAAUCUGAUGAGUUUAACUAUGCGUAAUAUAGCCAGUGAUACAGUGCUUCAAGUGGUAGGAAAAGCUUGCCCAAAACUUGUGCAUUUAGAUGUAGCUUGUUCAAGACUAGUAACAAAUGUAGGAUUGAAGCAAUUACUGUUACAAGUAGAACUUCGAGAUAAAGUACCUCAUACUACAAUGCAAGAACCUACUAGUUGGUCUCGUUUAAAAACACUACUUUCAAAAUUGAUAAUGAAAAAUUCUAAAUCAGCAACAAAGGAGAAACAUGGGGUACUAUUGGAAUACUAUGAAAGCAGAAACUUACUCUGUGAUACACUCAGAGUACUUAAUGUUGCUAACACUGGUGUGACUAGUGCAGGAGUACUUUUGGCUUUGGUACAUGUGCCAAAGUUGGAAUCCCUAGGAGAAUAUAGUUAUGUUGGAAGAGUAGUUGAAAUUAUGAAUGAAGGACUCAUUGGAUUUAAAACACCAUUUAGUCUAACUCAAGCAAGAAGUUGUAGAACAACACCAGUUCGUUUAGAACUUUUGGCACAGGCAUGCCCAAAAGUAGAAAAAUUACACAUUUCAGAACCUCAUCAUCCUCCUGAAGCUCUGAGAUUAUUUCCCUAUGUUACUUCCCUGAGUGUACAUAGCAUACCACCUCAAAGGGAAUGGUUGGAUGGUUUUUAUGAUUAUCUUCGCACUAAUGGUCACAAUCUACGUGAACUUAAUCUCAGAAUAACUCACAAUGAAAAUCCUAUUCAAGUUGAUUUAAAAGAAGUUUUCAAUAGUUGUUCUAAUCUUAGAACAUUUACUAACCGUGGCUCAAAUAUAAUUUGGACAGAAGGUGCUGAUCCUCCUCCACUGAAGUAUUUGAAAAAAAUUCAAUUAGGACGUAUAGUGAGUGCUGCUGCUAUUACAAAACUUCUUUCAUUAGCACCAGAACUGACAGCACUACAUGUUCGUAGUUGUUUUGAUCUUACUGAUGAACAUUUGGAAAAAUUAUUGAGUAUAUCAACCAAACACAAAAAUUCAAGAAAGUCUGAUAAGUGUGAAAAUAGUUUAGUACAAAACCUAACAUGUUUUUAUAUAUACGAGGCCAGUAAAGUAUCUGCAACUACUGUGCUGAAUAUGUUCAAAAAAUGUAAAAGACUGAGAAAAAUUGGGAACUUGGCAAAUUGGGGUUUGGAUUGUGAAGGUGUAAGGAUGUUAAGAACAACAUUAACUCGCGCGAAUUUAGAUGUGGAUCUGUGUCCAGGAGCUCAUUGGUUUUGUGGUAAUUGUAUUCAGUAACACAUUCUUUUUUUAAACUUACUAUGUCAAUAAAAACAGCUCUUUAAAAAUCCUGCC